CAGCUGAACGCAGCCUGAUGUAUGACGUUGCGGCUCUCCCAUAAUGCACCGCACUACAGGCUAGAAAGUAAACAGGAGUUCAUGAUGGCUGCCGACAGUGAUCCCGAGUCGGAGGUGUUUGAGAUCACCGACUUCACCACCGCCUCGGAGUGGGAGAGGUUCGUGUCGCGAGUGGAGGAGGUGCUGAAUGACUGGAAGCUGAUUGGGAGCUCCGCAGGCAAAUCGUCUCCCGAGAAGGGUGAAUACACCAGUGGCAUCUGGGAGGAAAAGUCUAAGGACAUUAACUUUGCAGACUUUAAGUUCUCCAUAACUCAUCACUACCUGAAGCAAGAGUCUGACGAAGGCGAUGGGAAGGAGGAGCCUGAGGAAGAUGCCUUCCCCCUGGCCAUGCAGGACCUCCUGUGUAUGAACAAUGACUUCCCUCCCCGUGCCCACUGCCUGGUCAGAUGGUAUGGCAUGCGGGAGUUUUUGGUCAUCUCCCCUGGAGCAAACUGUGAGGCUAUCAUCAGUGAAUCCAAAUGCAACUUACUCCUGAGCUCCAUCUCCAUCUCUCUGGCUAACAGUGGCUGCCAGGUGCCGAUGUUUGUGCAGAUCCAGCAGAAGUGGAGGCGGAUGUACGCUGGAGAGUGCCAGGGCCCCGGUGUGCGCACCGACUUUGAGAUGGUCCACCUCCGCAAGGUGCCCAGCCAGUACAACCACCUGUCUGGCCUGCUCGACAUCUUCAAGUCUAAGAUAGGCUGUUCCCUGACCCCUCUGCCCCCCAUCAACAUUGCCAUCCGCUUCACUUAUGUUCUUCAGGACUGGCAGCAGUACUCUUGGCCACAGCAACCUCCAGACUUUGAUGCUCUUCUCGGAGGAGAGGUGGGAGGGGUGGAGUUUGGGAAGCUUCCGUUUGGAGCCUGUGAGGAUCCAAUCAGCGAGCUUCACCUCGCCACCACUUGGCCACACCUGACAGAAGGCAUCGUUGUGGAUAAUGAUGUCUACUCAGACCUGGACCCUCUUCAAGCCCCUCAUUGGUCAGUCCGUGUCAGGAAAGCUGAAAAUCCUCAGUGCUUAUUGGGUGAUUUCCUCACCGAAUUUUUCAAGCUUUGUUGCAGAAAGGAGUCAACAGAAGAAAUCCUGGGGAGAGGACUGGCUGAGGAGGAGGGUAAAGAAAACAGUGACAUCAGUGCUGCUCUGUCCAAGCUGACGGAGCCGGCAGCUGUGCCCAUCCCCAAGCUGUCUGUCUCCAACAUGGUGCACAGUGCCCGCAAGCGCAUCAGACGCCACCGACGCAUUGAUGAGUCGCCGCUCAGCAACGAAAUGCUCAACUCCAUCCUUCUGUAUCUUUUCCCGGACGCUGCUGUGGAGAAGUCAUCUGAGAACAGUGACAGUAAGACUGCACAAACAAACACCAAUGGGAAAAAUGAGCAAGAUAAAGACACUGAUUAUAACCUGUUCAGCCACUUAAAGUCAGCACCCAGUGACAGUCUAAGUUACCGGCUAGCCCUGUGUGUAUGUCUGGUCAACUUCUACCAUGGCGGGGUGCGGGCUGUCGCCCAUCUCUGGCAGGAGUUUGUCCUGGAGAUGCGCUACCGCUGGGAAAACAACUACCUCAUUUAUGGACUGGCUAGUGGACCUCCAGACCUCCGCUGCUGUCUUCUGCAUCAGAAACUCCAGAUGCUCAACUGCUGCAUUGAGAGGAAGAGGGCCAGGGACGAGGCUCGCAAGACAACAGAUGGAGGCAAGGAGAGGGAGCGCAAGGUGUCCGGUGGCUGCCAGAACGGACGAUUUGGGCCUGAGAGUGUGCCGCCAGCUACUACUGCAUCCGACUCAGCCAGAGAAGUGGGGAAAUCAUGGGAGUCGUGGAGUGACAGUGAGGAUGAGUUCUUUGAGUGUCUCAGCGACCAGGAGGAGAUGGAGUUUCCUCCCACAGCUGGAGAAAAGGGUGGGGCUAAGGAUGUCAGUAAAGCUAAACCUGAGGGCAGGCUCCACCCCCACGGCAACAUGACCCUGAUCAAUUCGGGUGAACCUCUCUACAUUCCUGUCACCCAGGAGCCUGCUCCCAUGACAGAGGAUCUCUUAGAGGAGCAGUCUGAAGUGUUGGCCAAGCUGGGCACGUCAGCCGAGGGUGCCCACCUCCGUGCCCGCAUGCAGAGCGCCUGUCUGCUCUCAGACAUGGAGUCUUUCAAGGCUGCCAACCCAGGCUGUGUUCUGGAGGACUUUGUACGCUGGUACUCACCCAGGGACUAUGUGGAGGAGGAGGUGGUUGAUGACAAGGGCAACACAGUGGUGAAGGGUGAGCUAAGUGCCAGAAUGAAGAUCCCAGGAAACAUGUGGGUGGAGGCCUGGGAGACAGCCAGGGCCACACCUGCACGCCGCCAGAGAAGGCUGUUCGAUGACACCAAAGAGGCAGAGAAGGUUCUACACUAUUUGGCAGUGCAGAAACCCGCAGACCUGACCAGCCAUCUCCUGCCCUGCAUACUACAUGCUGCUAUUCUCAAGCUGAAGGAGGAGGAGUCGGUGGAGGACAUUCCAUCUGUAAAGAAGGCCAUCCAGCAGGCUACCUCUCACGCCAGCAAAGUGCUGCACCACCCUAGCCCCGACUACAAAAAGCUAGAGGAUGUCCUUAACCAGCUGAUUGCUGUGGAGACCGUCAUUGCCCGUGCUCGCUCACUCAAGGCCAAGUUUGGCAUCGGCAAGGGCGAGAAGGGAGAGGACGCAGAAGAACUGGAGAAGUUCGUCAGCUCCUUGCUGGAGGAGCCGGAGGUGGCGGUGACAGGAGCUGGCCGAGGGCCGGCUGGCAGCAUCAUCCACAGGCUGUUUGUCAGCGCUCAGAGGCUGGCUGACUUCACCAGUGACGAGCAGGGCAUUCUGGUUGACGUGGAGGCGGCCCUCCUGGCACCACUGGACGACGAUUUAGGGCGUGUGGGCGGAGCCGAAGACAGGAAGCCAAUGGGAGGAGGCAUCAACGUGCCUGACUUUCCUCCUCCGGCAGGACGGGAGAUUCUGUUGCGCACGUGCGUCCCUCGGCCGGCGCCCUACUCCAAAGCUCUCCCUCAGCGGCUCUUUUGUGUCCUGAUGAGGGACGAGUUCAGGCUGGCAGGGGCCUUCUCCUCAGACACCUCCUUCUUCUAAGACCCCCAGCUGAAAGACACAUAUAUCAGGGGGUAGAUAUGUACCAGUGAUGCAGGCAGAACACCAGAUCAGCAUGUUCUAGCUGGAGCUGUGAAUGACUCAUUUGGUGGGAUGAUUUAUCCUAAGAUUGGUGACAUACAGUAUCUUCACCCCUCUCCUCCACCACACUCACCAAGGUCCCGCUGAAAUCAUGCCACUACCCUCAAUCUCCAGAUCUCUUUAGAUGGGGAAAAAUGUUCUAAUUAAUGGUUCUCUUCAGUCAGGUGAUUGAAAGUAUUGUCACAACCUCAGUAUUUGGCAUAAGUCUGCUCCAAAAUGAGACAUUUCACAAGGAUUUUUGUUCAACUUAUUUUUUUAUUUGCACAUAUGUCAGAUUAAAGUAUCUCCAGAGCCGUUUUAUUUUGGCUCCUUUCUUGCUUAUCUUAUUUUGUUUUUGGGGUAGACAGUAAUCACCCUAUUUCUGUACUCCUGUAAAUAGCUUGCAGUUUUAAACCAGAGAAAUGUGCUAUAAUGACAGACUGAGAAGAGAAAUUACACCUGGACCUCCCCCUAUGAGUGGUGCAGCUGGGCAUGUCAUGUCCUUUUCCUCCACACAUUGUUCUUGCAGUAGGUUUUAGGGAUCGAUAUCAAUUUUUCGGGUCUGAUGCUGAGUAUUAAUAAUCCAGGUCACCCAUAACCAAUGUUUAUGACCAAUAUUCAUUUUCAGUAAAUUUGAAAAUAGCAGAAUUGAUAGUAUUAGAAAUGGCUACACAAACCUCUUUGAAUUAACAAAUGUUCACAAAUGUCGAAUUAACAUUAUUACAUCAGAAAAAAGAAAGAGAAUUACCAGAAAAUUACAAGGAAAAAAAUUGAAUUGAAACAAAAUGGAAAUAAAACAAGAAAACUAUUUUACUAAUAAUUUAAAUUGUUAAAUUUACGUCAAAUUUAAAUCUUUAAAAUGUUAAACUGGAAUGAAAGUUGUAGCCCUUCUGUCCUUACGGCAGGCGUUAUUUGCCUUACAGGCACCUUGGGGUUUUGUCUUUCUGUCAAACUAAAUUCAAGACAAAUCCAGUGAAAUGGAAAAUGAGAAUUGUAAAUAUAUUAUGGGAAAUGGUGCUCCACACACCUGCUUUUUUUCUAAUACCAUUCACAUGGAGAGACAGUGUCUGAGUGGUUUUCAUAUCAGCCAUCAUGUAAAUCGAAAAUAUGAUACUGAUCACUGAAAAAUCGCCCCCCUUAAUCGGCUGGGACUGAUAAUUGGUCGUUCCCUAGGAGGCUUUGCAGGUUCUCAAUUGUUGCGGUUGUUCCUGAUCCAUUUAAGGGCUUCAUCCUGAUUGGUUGAAACAGAUCUAUCUGAACAGGGCGUGCAUGAAGAUAUGUGGACCUUAAUUGGGUCAGGUGUAGAGCUGGAACAAGAACCUGUGGGACAGGGGGUCCUUGAGGACUGGGUUGGGGACCUCUGGCUUAAGUAAUGGCAUUUCUGUAAAUAUGUUAUGUCGGUUCAUAUACUCCCAUAGUUACCAUUUUAACAGUUGUACCAAAACUCUAAAGCAGUUUCCACAGGAAAGCUUGUUGAUGCAUAAAUGUUGUUCAGUCAGUUCCUGCCCACAGAAGCCUGUAGAUUAUUGGUCUAAAGUGCAAUUACAUACGUAAAAUUGUAAGAAUGUAGCUUUACUCAUAGCAGCAGAGACCAGUGUGAUCGUUCAUAAUAUUCAUGUAGUUUCUAGAAAUGUUUUAAAAAAGUGCUAUUGUUAACUAUGUCAACCCACAGUAAACAUUUUGUCAGCUGAGUAAAGGGAGGGCAGUCAUCUAUGAAAUCAGCCAAAGGCUUUACAUGGUAAUUGUUGGUCCUAAAUAUCCUCUAGUACUGUUGCAUUGCUGAGAAUAAACAUUUUUCCUCUUGCAGUUUCAGUGA